GGAAUGUUCAUGUUUUAAUCAAUGUUUCAUCUGCAAGUGCUUGCAGCCAAUAACCAACGACACAUUUAGCAUAAAAAAUUAGUCAUUUUUAAAAGUGGAAGAUGUGUAAAACCUAAACAGUAACGAAGCAUAGAACAAGGGGAUUUAUAAUCGGUCUAAAGGAUUGGAUUUAAGAUGAAACGACUUCGGGGAACAGUAUCUCUAAGCAUCCCAUUUAAGAUUCGAAGAUGGAGACCAAAGUCUUUGAAGGCAGCGCUUAUCUGUAUCUUGUUGUUCUCGAUGAGUAUUUAUAAAUUGGGUGACUUUAUUCUCGACCAAAUAGCAUACCCUUACAAUAUGUACCAAGGAUAUCCAUUUUCCAUCUACGACCAUCCCUAUAACAUUAUUACAAACAAUACAUGUACAAGUAAUUCGAAAAUCAACAUGAUAGUCGUUAUUCAUUCUAAAGUAACAAAUUUUGUAAGACGUGCAUCAAUCAGACGAUCGUGGGCCAAUCAACAUCUGCUAUCCGGGUACGACAUGAGAGUCGUUUUCUUCUUAGGUAUGCCUUACCGUCAUAACGAUAUACAAGCUCUUGUCCAUCAAGAGUCUUUGUACUAUAACGAUAUCAUACAGGGAACUUUCUUUGAUUCAUACACAAAUAUAACUCACAAAGCUGUUCUGUGGAUGAGAUGGGUUAAGGAAUAUUGUUCAAACGCACUUUACAUUCUCAAGCUAGAUGACGAUGUUUUUGUCAACGUGUAUUCGUUGUAUAAAAACUUUUUACUAAACUACAAGAACACAUCAAUGAAAAUGUGGUGUGAAAUUAAGAGUGCUGGAAAACAGGCAAUUUCAAGAUUGAGAGGCAAAAAGUGGAGAGUGGCCAGUCAUGAGUUGCCAGGCUUAAAAUACUACCCGUUAACGCUGUGUCGAGGAUAUUUUGUGAUAAUGACACAAGAUAGUAUUGGGCCGAUGUACGAAGCUGCAAAACAGACACCUUUCUUUUGGAUAGACGAUUACUAUGUGUUUGGAAUUUUAGCAAAUAUAACAGGAGUGAAACAUUUUUCUCUUUUGCAGUUCCUUAGCAACGAACACGAAGCUUUCCAAUGUUUUAAAUCAAAAACUCGUUUCUGUCCGUUAUUAGGUGUUUUGCUUGAAUCGUCAAAUGUUAUGGAGACUCUCUGGCUACACGCUGCAGUCCAUGCAAAUGAUUUUUUAGUUUGAACUGACACUUCACAUGAUUUUCCCUAUGCAUAUGUUUCAUACAUUUAAAGUGAUAAACAUUCUGAAAAAAAGUAUGAUGAUCAGUCACUGAGAAAAUGGGACUUCUUGAGUUUAAACUUGGUUUUCCUGUGAUUACACCCAGCGACCUAGUGACCUAUUUUUUUUUUUAAAAAAAACUGGGUCUUUAGGUUAAAUCAUGGGACGUCUGAAUAAGAUUUCAACAAAGUGACGGCUGGACUUCCUCAGGGGCCAGUGUUAGGUCCUUUGUUAUUUCUCAUCUGUGUAAAUGAAAUCGUUGACGAUGUUUUGAGUAAAUCGCGUCUAGUUGCUGACAAUACAUCUCUGGCUUGUACAGAAGAUACCUUAAAUCAUGACGUUUUAAUUGUGUCUCAAUGGGCUCAACAGUGGCUUGUAGAAUAUAAUCUUAAUAAAACAGGGGCAAUUCUUCUUUCAAACGCAAUGACGCAUAAUGUUAAUCUUACUUUUGAUAAUAUACCAAUUAAAUUUGUUGCUGAUCAUAAUCAUUUUGGUGUGACUUUAAGUAGCAAUAAAAAUAUGAACACACCGAAACCAAUAUUACUGUCAGCUUCAAAAAUAUUCCGCAUUAUGCGCAAACUGAAAUUCAGUUCCUUCUUUAUUUCAUAUAAACAAUGAAAUAUUCAGACCUCAUUUUCAGCACUUCAGACAUUUCAGUGAUAUGGAAAAUCAUAUAUGGUCAUUUAGUAUGGUAUGAAAUAGAAAAAUGUUAUGUUACAUAUUAGAAAAAUAAUAUGUUAUGAGAAACAUCACCAUCUAAAACUGCUCCAACGAAAACAGCCGUUUAGCAGUUACGCGUAGGUAAAACUUAUU